UAUUCCUCUGCAUAUCAACUGUGCUCAAUAGCGAAGAGAAUAAACGAAUCGGGGAUUCCCCUAGGUAAUUCCCUGCACGCAAUCUUAUUCAUUGAUUCGCGUAGUUCGGAUUCGGAAACGAGCUGCGUAAAAGUCACUUUUCUCCAACUAAACGUUAAAUCGGACUCUAACGAACACUCAUAGCGAGUCUAUAGAUGUUGAGUGGUUCAUUGAGUGAGUUUUAGGGGCGCGAAUAUAAUUUUCAAGCGGAGAAAAACAUGAUUACUUACAGAAACUCCUGAAGCAGAAACUCCAAAUGUGGAGAGAAGCUAAGACGAAACCUGGAAUCGCUAGCAGUAAGCCCGGCAGACAAAAGCCUGUAAAAGGGAACUUUCUAGAGAACUCUAGACCUGUGAUCGCUGGCAGCAAGCAAGCUGGAAAGAAGCCCAUUCUUAGAGGGACUCAGCUGGGGAACUCGCUGCCUACACUUGGAACCCAACAUCUUAUAAAACCAAUUGAGAGAAUGAAUCUCAACAAAAGCAAAACUUUGGGACGGACUCAGAAAUCUUUUCCAGCAAAGAAACCUGUCCAACCGAAACAAGAUCUGAAACAAAAGAUAAAGUUACCAGCAACAACGAUGGUACAAAUUCAGGGUAAAGAACACCUCGGGACUGACGUACUCAAAACUCAAAUGAUGACAGGAAAUAUCCCCAAGGCUCUUCCUUCAGCGACUGUGAGGUCAAACGCGAUGAAUGCCAAAGGCAUCAAAAGACUUUCGAGGAAUUUUACAGCGAUAAACAAAGUUAACCAAAACGUGAGGGGAAAAGUUCAGUCAGCCUGUGAAGGUAUCACCAUGAAGCGGGCAGCGCCUAUGAGAGACAGACUAAAGUCAUGGCGGGAGAAGAAAGAAAUGAAUAAAGUCAAAACAGCUGAAAGACCUAAAGUCCCUGAAAAUAAACUCACCAAAUCAAUCGGUAGGCCACACCCAAGCUCGUUUGUGGCCUCGUCCAAAAAAUUAAACAACAUCAUCCAGUCGUACGUCUCAUCAGAUAAGAAGUCACAAGAAAAUGGUAACAAGACGCCAAAAACUCCAAGCAACCCCAGGCGAGCAAAACGACCGUUGAACUUCUCCACAAAUGAAGCAAGUGCCAAACGAGCGAGACAUUUGAGUAUUUCGAAAUCUGUGUCGAGAUUAGCGGAUACGCCUGGGACGCCCAACCCACGUGCCUCAGGCAGAACUCCACGGAGAACGCCAAAGAAUGCCAUGGAAGACGAACAACACCAUAUGCGUGAGAAACUUGAAUCAUGGCUGAAGGCGCAUGGCAAGACCCCUGAACGACAUCGCCACGCCACUUGUUACCACGGUGCUUGUGAAGAGCCCUGGAGGGAUCCGGUUCAGUUAGCAAGUCCUGGAUUGGACGAGUGUCAGCUGGCCAGGCAGAAAACCGUGCUUGAUCAUGAGGAUAUAGCGAGGGAGGUGAAGAAACAUAUUGGGACAUGCAUGGAAAAAUAUCAAGAGGGAGUCCUAGCUGAGACGGUGCUGUUGGAACUGGAAAGUCGCGUGGGCCAAGUCUCGAGUGGACGCACCGUCUCUUCCUAUUGGCUGUGUAAAGCCCGGCUGAUGGAGGAUCUUGGGAAUGAUGCACAGACGGUGGAGGUCUACGACGAAGCGAUGAAGUCUGGAGCAGAGCCCAAGAUGGACAUUCUCAAGGCGCUGCACAACUUCACAACGCGGCUACUCCAGUUCGACAUGGAGGGUGACAAGGACCAUGAUGCCAAGCGGAAGGCGCAGACGGAGAAAAAGAAGCCUCGUCGCUCCGUCAGAAUAAUGGAGGUGCCGCUGACGAUGCCCAAGAAGAUGUCUCGUGUCCAGCAUCAGGUGGAUGAAGACAAUAUCAUCAAUUCUUCGGCGGUUAAGUUCUCUGUGUCUUCGUGUACACCGCUCAUGAAAAAUUUGAGGUUAAAUGACGACGACAACAGUCCGAAAUGUUACGUCGUCACACCGGUCCGCCGAUCGACCCGGAAGAGUUUUACAGAUCUUCCACGGAUGCUACAAGAUCACGACGAGGUGAUUGAUAAUCUCGAUGAUCUUUCCGACCACAAGAAGAACAAGAUGCUCUAUAACGACAACCGGAACUUGAGCGAGAAGUUAGAUUUCGAUUCGGAGGAUGAGGAGGAGGAGGGAAGCAGUGGUGAUGCAGAAAAGGAGAAUUAACAUUUUGUUAUAGCGGACGAUCAAUUAAGAGUAUUACAGCGUCACUUUCAGACAAAAAUAAUGGUGUUGGUCUGGUCUUGGCAUUCAAAGCAUUUUGUUUAGUAAAGUCUGGACAUGUGUUCUAAAACACCUUUUUGUUGCAUUGUAGUUUUUAAAAAACUAAGGUUCACACCAAGUGACAUUGUGGUGCUGAUAGUCUAUAGUUGUCACUUUGAUACGUGUUAGCAAGUAUCGAUUAGAUUUCUUUAAUCCAUACAAGGGUUUAUUUGUUAAACUAUAUUUCGUACUUACCGGUACUCCAGUACAUUUUAAUCUUGAUACUAUGUAAAAUUUUGGACUUAAGAUCCAUUUUAAUUUAUCUAUAAUAUUUUCAUGGACAUGAAUUUUGAACAAUUUGCAGUUUUAGUGAUAUAAAACUGGUCUAAAGUUGACUUGAAAUGCUGGCGUUUACUUUCAGCCAUCCUGGCAGUUUUUCAAGUACAUGUACGCUGGAAAGUUCAAUCAAUUUGCUGAAUUCAAAUUUACUGUUUACUGUCUCACCAUUGUCAACAACGGCUUCUCAAGAUGUUCAUGUCCGAUCACGCAACUUCCGAUCAGGAGACUACUUUGUUCACUUCUGGAAGACGUGUACUAUCACUGCAGUGAUAUCAAUACAUGUAAUGUGUUGAAGAUAAAUCAGCUUUGUGUAUUCUAACCUAGGCUUUCUGAAACAUCGUAUAAGCACAUAUUUUCUACUUUCAUAGACUACAUUAAUGUAUGA